UAAGCUUGAAUACUUGAAAAAUAGUCACAUUGGGAUUAAUUGGAAAAUGACUGGAACUUCAGAUUUGGAUAAACAAAUACAGAAUAGUUUUAACAUAAUUAAAAGUAAAAUUAGGCAAAGCUUGAUAAAUCUUCGGUUAGGAGUUAUACCACCUUUAAUAUUUGCUCCAACAGAUGACAAAAAUCUACAAAUAGGAUCACGAUCAAUAAACGACAUUAAUGAACAACCAUCGUCACCUGAUCUAACACAAAAAUUUAUUUUGGAAAAAGCGAACGUUGAAUUCAAAUUAAAUGACGUUGAUGAAUUUAUCGAUUCUUCCAGCAAACAGUAUUCACAUAUAAACCCAUUGUACGAUAAUGAUACUCGUCUGCUAAGCAAACUGAAUCAAACGAGCCCUAAUAAUCGUGAACGCGUACUCAUCGCUAAAGAAAGUCGCGCUACCGAUAAAAAUGGUGUCGAAGGCAAAACUCGGCGUAUUGAAAAUGUACCCCAUUCUUAUCCGACCGAUGUAGACGAAUCGUGCUAUAACCCGCCUCAAAAAUUUCUGUACGAUUUAGAUAGAACCAAAAUCGUCGAUGAAAUUAUGCGCCGUAAAAGAGGCGGCCGGACUGUUCUAAAUGAAGAAACGUGGAAAGAUGCUGAUUAUGUUGAAGAAAGGCGCAGGACUCUCGAAAAUUACCUCAAGAGCAAAGAAGUGGGGCUGAGAAAAAAGCGCAAGGAGCAAAAUUAUGCAGAAAAUCUAGAACAAUUAACUAAUUUGCGUAUAGUUUGAUUAAAGAAAAAAUAAAAAGGGAUAUCAUGCUACACACAAAAAUAGAGCCAUAAAAACUAAGCCCAUCAGAUUCAGAGCAUCGUCCUCUGUCUUGUUGCUAAAAGAUAGGUUUUGUUUUAAAAUAGUUCUAAUUUUAUGAAGUUUUAUAUUUGAUUAAUUUUUUUUGAAAAAGAUAUAUUGGCAUGUUAUUUUAUUGUAUUAUGGUAGAGCAACAAUAUUAUAGGAGUUUCGAAUAUUAGGUUAUUACA